AUGAUCGGUGAAGCAACAAGAGGAUCUCAUAAUAUAUCAUUGGGAGGAAAGCACCCUCAUCAAAUCCCAAAAUUCGAAAAUCCUGUCGAUCAUAGGAAAUGGGUUUUGGAACAUACUGCAGGUGCUUUCAGGUUUUUUGGAUUAAAACAAUUUGAUGAAGGUGAAGCAGGUCAUAUUUCUGUAAGGGAUCCAAUUGAUCCUGAUACUUUUUGGAUCAACCCUUUAGGUAAACAUUUCAAUUUAAUUCAAGUUAGUGAUUUAGUACAUAUUAAUAAUAAGGGAGAAAUCUUACCUGACGGGAAUCAACAUCCUGUCAAUUCAGCUGGUUUUCUGAUCCACAGAGCUUUACACGAAUCGAGACCAGAUAUCAACGCUGCAUGUCAUGCUCAUUCAGUUUAUGGUAAAGCUUGGAGUACUUUUGGUAAACCAAUUGAAAUGUUAAACCAAGAUGCUUGUAUUUUUUACAAGAAACAUGUAGUAUAUAAUCAAUUUGGAGGAGUUGCAAUCGAUGGUGAGGAAGGUGAAAGAAUUGCUGAAGCUUUAGGUGAAGAUAGUAAUGCUGCAAUCUUACAAAAUCAUGGAUUAUUGACUGUGGGAGAAACUGUGGAUCAAGCCGCGUACUUAUUUUCUCUUUUGGAAAGAACUUGUGAAUGCCAAUUAUUGGUAGAAAGUACUAACUUACCUAAGAACAUCAUUCCCGAUAAGGAAGCUGAAUACACAGCUUUCAUGACUCAAGAUCCUGAAACCAUGUUCGGCUCUUUCCAACCAUAUUAUGAUUAUUUAUUGAAAUCCACCGGAGGUGACUUUUUGAGGUAG